AUGGGCCGGUUUCGGCUGGAAGACUCGGGUCUGCAAAUCGUCGGCGGCUUUCUCGGCCUCGUCUUCGUCCUCUACUUGAUCUACCCGCCAGCUCUUCUACUGAUUCCAACGUCAAUCGCUGCUGCGGCUUUCUUGACCAAAAAUCGGAAAUGUGAUCCGAAAGAUGUGGGUUUUUCCAGAUGAAAGGUGUUCUUUUACAGAAAAUUCUUACUCCGAAAUUUUUUCAAUAGUCGUAUCUCACCCUGAUUCCGGAUCUGGGCCUGAAAAUCGCCCUCAAGGCUUACGAAAAAGGAUAAAGUUGAAAAAUAACUCUUGUUACAAAGGCCAAUAGAAAGGGACUACAUAAUCACGAAAAUCAAUUUUUUGGAAAUUUAAAAAUUUGUGAUCCGAGACUUUCAAAGCUUGAUCUAGCAAUUUAGAACCUAUGUAUUUUAAUGAGCUUUUGAUGCAAUUUUCGAGCCCAGAAAACUGUAACUAAUGGACCUAGUUCCGUUGAGAACUUCUGACUUAAAUUGAAAAAAAAAAUGAUUUAUGAUUUCUCAAUCCUAGCGUGUGAGAUCCCCUGCCCUUUUCCCCUUUUCUCCCAGCUUUUCCUACAUAUUCAAACUUUCCAAACCAUUUUAUCUUAACCCCCCUGAGAGACUCGCUAGCUUUUUUUUCUCUCCAUCAGCUUCUUCUACAAUUUUGAGCUCUCAUCACUUUUUAUGGGCAUAAGUUCGGACUCUGAAAACUGUAGCUAAUGGUCUUCAUUCCCCUGUGAACUCUAAAAUCACACUAAAGAACGUUUGAAUUAUUCAAUAAGCCCGAAAAAUUUGCUACCCUUCUUUUCCUUUAGAGGUAAUUUUUGAGCCCAGGAAAAGUCUGAGUUUCAAAGUUUUUUCCUUGUCUUCCCAGUCACUGAAACCAUGUUGAGGCCUUCUGGACACGAUGUCAAGUUGUAUAUUUUCAACCAGACGGUGCUUCCAUCAUUUUGAAUAGUUACCGUAACGUCUUGAAGUGUGACGUUAAACCAGGUGCAUACGGGUGUCAUUGAAAAACCCUAGAGGUAUUUUUUUUUUUUGUAAGAAUAGGUGGCUUAUAAUCUGUUCAGUGGGAUUUCCUAGACUUAGAACGCAUAAAUUUGCAGAGUAAAAGGAAACUAAGUUCUCCUCAGGACGUAGAAGUUCAAGAUCCUUGCAAGGAGCGCCAUUUUUCAAACUGAAAUGGGCCAGGAUGCUUCUUACAUGUUAAAGUGCGAAAUGAAUCACCCUGACAAGGAGAGUGUUUCGAUAUGAUGUGCAGAAUUGGCUAUAAAUAUUUUUGAAGCAUUCUCGGAACCUCUAUACAUACCUAGGAUCAAUUUGCAUUCAGAACACCUUAUUUGAACUUGAAAUUCCGAGUUCAUACCAACCUGACCUUCAGGUGGAACGCUUCUUCGCCGGCUUCAAGGUCGGCGGCCACCGUGGCGCCCCGCACAGUUUCCCAGAGAACAGCAUGCGCGGCUUCAUCCAGGCAAAGCAGGACGGCGCCGACCUCAUCGAGUUCGACGUGGCGUUGACCAAAGACGGCAAGGCGGUUCUGAUGCACGACGACGACUUGGAUCGGACGACUGAUUUGAGGGGUCCCAUUCGCGCCCAAACACGUCUGCAACUCGACUCGGCCAACAUCUGUGCCAAUUUUCAGAGGAGUGUCUCGUGAGCUUUCCUUAUCGCUUUUUUUUUCUGAGUCCUCUCUGGAUCUAGACUUUCAGAAGCUUCUAAAAAAUGCCUUUAAGAAAAAUAGGUCUGAAAAAAAUACGCUUAAAAGCGAGAGAUCGCAGAGAUGCAGAUCACUUUUUUUCUGGCCUCUCUGCUUUUCUCAUGAUCUCUAACUCCUCAAAAAUAGAUCAUUAAUCUUACCCUGUAUACACUGUUAGUACAUACUACAAAUGAUUGCUCAGCGAGAGAGUAAGGAGCCCUUAGAGACGCAGAUCAUUUUGAUCUCUGGUCUCUCUGCGGUUCUCGUGAUCAUUCGCUUUCAAGGUUGAUCCUGGUCCUUUCUAAGCUUGCUUCUGUCAACAAAGUCUCAGAAGGAAAAAAAGGAUUCUGUUCAAGCGAGAGAGCAUGAAGGCCUUGGAGACGCAGAUAUAUUUUUCUCUAACCUCUCGACUUUUCACACGAUCUCUCGCUUUUGAUAUGGGACCUGAUCCUUUCUGAGCUUUCCGACGUCAAAAGAGUCUCAGAAGGAAAAAAAAAGCAUUUUGUUUAAGCGAUAGAUCAUGGGAGCCUCAGAGACGCAGAUCUCUUUUUCUCUGGCCUCUCUGCUUUUCUCAUGAUCUCUAACUCAUCAAAAAUGGAUCAUUAAUCUUACCGUUUUCAUCACUGUUAGGAAAAGUACUAUAAAUAAUUGCUCAGCGAGAGAGUAUAGGAACCUUAGAGACGCAUAGAUUUUGAUCUCUGGUCUCUCUGCGGAUGUCAUGAUCUCUCGCUUUUUAGGUUUAUCCUGGUUCUUUUUAAGCUUACAUUAGUCAAAAGAUGAAGUCUCAAACGGAGAAGAAAGAUUUUAAAGUGAGAGAAUAUGGAAGCCGCAGAGAUGCAGAACUCCUGUUCUCUAAUCUCUCUACUUUUACACGAUCUCUCGCUUUUGGAGUCGAUCCUGAUCCUUUCUGAGAUUUUCGACGUCAAAACAGUUUCAGAAGAAAAAAAAAACCAUGUCGGUAAAGCGAGAGAGUAAGGAGCCCUUAGAGACGUCUCUCUACAGUUCUCAUGAUCUCUCGCUUUCAAGGUUGAUCCUGGUCCUUUCGAACAUCAAAAGUCAAAGAGACAAAAAAAACGAGUCUUAAACAAAAAGGGAAAUUUUUAAGCGAGAGUGCAUGGAGGCCUCAGAGACGCAGAUCUCUUUUUCUCUGGCCUCUCUGAGGUUCUCAUGAUCUCUCGCUUCCCAGAAUCAAUCAAAACCCCGUCAUUUUUCAGAAGAAUCGAGCUUGAAGAAGUCAAAAAAGAGCGGGUACCAGAUAUGGAAGAUGUCAUCAAAUGGUCCGUUGAGAACAACAUGAGGAUGCUCUUCGACGUCAAGGAUUCUGAUACCGAGGUGGAAAUUCUCAACUUGAUCAACUCCAACCUCAACUCCAGCUCGUCGACCAAAUCGGGACCCUCUUCGAGAAGUACAACCUCUACGACAAAGCCAUCGUGUGCAGUUUCCUACCCUGGGUCGUUUAUCGGAUCAAGCGCGGAAAUCAGAAGAUUCUGACAGGUCUUCUGACAUUUUCAAAAAUCAUAGCGUAGUAAAUCUUGGAAGGGGAUCAAAAAAAGAGCUGGAGAGAAGGAGAGAGAGUGCUGUGGAUUGUAGAGACGUCAGACGAGUAGAGCAUUUUUCUCUCUCUGGCUUCUCUUCAAUCCGCCACUAUCUCUACUAAAGGAUGACUAGUACAUAAGAUGAGAGCUGAAGCGAGGGAACAGUUUGGACGAAGAGACGUCAGACAUGUAAAGUAUCUAUCUUUCUCUGGCCUCUCUUCAUUCCAACGUUAUCUCACGCAUUUUUUCUGGUCAUCGCUGUACCGAUAUUGUAGUAGGAAGAAACUUUCGGUAAAAGCUAGAGCGAGAGAACAGUUUGGACGAAGAGACGCCAGACAAGCAGAGAAUCUUUCUUUCUCUGACGUCUCUUCAUUCCAGCACUGUCUCUACCAAAAGAGAAAAGAAAAACAAAGCGAGAGAAUGGUGUAGACUGAAGACACGCCAGACAAAGGAAGGAUCUCUUUUACUCUGGCCUCUCCACAAACCCUAUUAUCUCUGGCAUUUUUUCUGGUCUUCACUGUACCAAUAGAAGUAAAAAGCAAUUUUCAAAGAGAGCUAUAACAAGGGAACACUUUAAACGAAGAGACGUCAGACAAGCAGAUAAUCUUUCUUUCUGUGGCCUCUCGUUGAUCCGCCACUAUCUCUUGCGAUUUCUAUGGGCUUUUUAUAGAUUAAGAUCUCCCAGAAAAUCAGGAAGGAAAGAAGGUUCAAUAAAAGCUAGAGCGAGAAAACAGUUCGGACGAAGAGACGCCAGACAAGCAGGGUAUCUCUCUUUCUCUGGCCUCUCUUCAUUCCAACGUUACCUCUCGCAUAUCGCUGUACCGAUAUUGUAGUGGGAAGAAACUUUCAGUAAAAGCUAGAACGAGGGAACAGUUUGGGCGAAGAGACGCCAGACAAGCAGAGUAUCUCUCUUUCUCUGACGUCUCUUCAUUCCAGCACUGUCUCUCGCUUUUUUUUUUCUGUGCUCUACGUGUCAAAACGUUCUUUCACAUACAGGAUAACGAUGCUAACUUCAAAAUUUCCCCAAAUAAAAUAUAUUUUUAAUUCCAGGCCUUACUUGGAGGUUGAAGUUCUGGUCAUACUGCGAUAUCGAAAACUCCAAGCCACGGUACACGGGAAUCAAACAGAUGGUUUUCGAAUGGAUCGACGUUUUGCACGUCUUUCUGACCCAAACGACAACUCCGUGGUACCUUGGCGCCGAUUUGCUUCUCACUAAUAAUUUGGACAUUUCACAGUGAGUUUAAAAAAAAAUUAUUUGUAAAGAAAUAACAGUUGAAACUUUUUUUGAUAAGCUUAAGCUUGAAAUUUUUGCUUGAACAUCAAAAAAUUGGAAAAUGCCCCAAAACGGCCACAAGCUCUCAAGAUUAUGAAAAAGGCGGCUGUUAAUGUGUAGUUUUUGCGCUCUACGGACAAUUUUUCGCAUUUCAAAGCCUCUAGAGAAGUCGUAUAGCGCUAUGAUACUGGAGAAAACGAAAAAAAAAAGAAAUGUGAAAAUGGCUUAAAAUUAACCACUUUUCGCGCACUGCGGACAAUUUAUCGAAUUUCAAAGCCUUUAAAAAAGUCGUACAGCGCUCUGGAAAAAUAAUUGCGAAAAUGGCUUAAAAUUAGCUGUUUUUGCGCUCUAUGGACAAUUUUUCACAUUUCAAAGCCUCUAAAAAAUCGUAUAGAGCUCUGAUGCUGGGGGAAAACAGAAGGAAAGGAUGUGAAAAUGGCUUAAAAUUAAGCACUUUUUGCGCUCUACGGAUAACUUUUCGCGGCUUAACUUUUUCAAUAUUUUCAAAGUCAUUAGGAACUUCUUUAACGUCCUUAAUGGGAAAUUUGUCAGAAAAGUAAUUUUUCAGAGCGUUAAUGUCGCGGAAAAAUCAAUGAAUGAUGUUAUACGGCUCGAAAUUAGGCAUUUUUGCGCUCUACGGACAAAUUUUCGUAUUUUGAAGUCUCCUAUAAAGUUCUAUUGUGUUUUAUUGAAAAUCGUCAAAAAUAUAAUUUCGAAGUAACUGAGAAAAAAAAGGCGAAAAUGGCUUAAAAUUAGCCGUUUUUGCGCUCUACGGACAAUUUUUCGCGACUCAACUUAUUUUAAGUUGUUUCUGAAGUCAUUGAGAGCUGCCUUCUAGAAAUUUAGAGAAAAAAGGAAUUUUCCAGAGCCCUAGUACUUGAUCAACGCCGGCGCGGAAUGCACGUGGCGGUCUGGACGGUGAACGACAUGGCCGAAAUGCAUUGGAUGCUGGAAACUUUGAAAAUCCCUGUCCUGACCGACUACCCCGAGUUUACCAAGAAGGUAGGACUCCUCAAUUUUCCCAAAAAAAAAAAAUGAACUUUCCAGGUCAAACACUUGGAAACGAUCAAAAAGCACGACUACCUCCCAAUGUGA